GUUGUCGUCGCCUAUUUGUCAGAAAAAUACUUUUAUAUACAAUGGCUGAAGCCAUGGCAAGUAACCAGGAUAUUUUCAUGUGUCCUAUUUGUUUGGACUUUCUAAAGGAUCCGGUGACUCUUAACUGUGGACACAACUACUGUUUAGGUUGUAUUGAGGACUGCUUGAAUGAGGAAGAUGUGAAGGGCGUUUACAGCUGCCCCCAGUGCAGAAAGACUUUCACUCCAAGACCUGUUUUAAGCAAGAACAUUAUUAUUGCUGAGCUUGUGGAUCAAAUGAGGAAGAGCAGAAUACAAACUGCAGCUGCUGUUGAAUGUGCUGCUGGACCUGGAGAUGUGGCCUGCGACGUCUGCACCGGGAGAAAACUCAAAGCUGUCAAGUCCUGUCUGGAGUGUCUGAAGUCGUAUUGUGGCACUCAUUUGAAAGCUCACAAUGAACUUAUAGGUACAAAUCACGCCAUGGCCGAUGCCACAGACCGGCUACAGGAGAGGGUCUGUCCCCGUCAUAAGAAGGUUUUUGAAAUAUUUUGUCGCACUGACCAGAGUUGCAUCUGCUAUCUGUGUACUAUGGACGAUCAUAAAGGCCACAACACGAUCACUGCUACGGCAGAAUGGCAUCAGAAAAGGGAGGGGUUGGGGCAGAGCCAGAGGAGAUGCCAGCAGAUAAUCCAGUUGAAGGAGAAGGAGCUGCAGGAGCUGAGGAAGGCUGUGGAGACUCUCAAGUCUGGUGCACAGACAGCAGUGAAGGAGAGUGAGAGGAUGUUUGCUCAGCUGAUCCGCUCCAUUGAGAGAAGGCGCUCUGAGGUGACAGAGCUGAUCAGAGCUCAGGAGAAGGCUGAGGUGAGUCGAGCUGAAGGACUCCUGAAGCGACUGGAGCAGGAGAUUGCUGAGCUGAAGAGGACAGAUGCUGAGAUGAAGCAGCUUUCACUGACACAGGAUCCCAUCCAUUUCCUCAAGAACGUUGUGUCCAUCACUGGGAGGCCUUACAGCACUAUUUCAACCAGCGUGACCUUCAGCCAAAGCUUCUCCUUGGUGUCUGAUGUCCAGGCUCUUACAGCUGAACCAGUGACCAGAGAGGAUUUCUUACAGUAUUCCUGUCACUUCACUCUGGAUCCAAACACAGCACACACACGCCUCCGUCUGUCUGAGGGGAACAGGAGGGUGGAGUGUAGACCUGGGGUCCAGUCAUAUCCUGAUCAUCCAGACAGAUUUGAUGUGUGGCCUCAGGUGCUGUGUAGAGAGGGUGUGUCUGCACGCUGCUACUGGGAGGUUGAGUGGAGUGGAGUGGUUGGUAUAGCAGUGUCAUAUAAAAGCAUCAGCAGGAAAGGAUGGGGUGCUAAGUGUGUAUUUGGAUAUAAUCAUCAGUCCUGGAGGCUGGACCUCACCAGCUACAGCUCCUGUUUCUGGCACAAUAGUAAAAAGACUGAACUCCCUCUAGUGGCCAGCUCCAGAAUAGGAGUGUAUGUGGAUCACAGGGCAGGAACUCUGGCCUUCUACAGCAUCUCUGGAGACACAAUGACCCUCCUGCACAGAGUCCACACCACAUUCACACACACACUCUACCCUGGGUUUAGGUUUGAGGUAUGGGGAUCAUCAGUGAAGCUGUUGUGA